AUGACUGUUGUCAAUAUUGAUGUUUUGACUGCGAGGCGUCAGUUCAACAGCUCGAGGUUUGAGGAAAGAAUCGCAGAUUUGAUCGUCGAGAAUGAUAGGCUUGCUAAAGAGAAACAACGCUCGUACGAUGAAAUGAACGAUGUGAUAAUCUACUUGAAAGAAACCGUUGAGGCGAAAGACUACGAAAUCGCACGUCUUGAAGACAUGAAAAGAGAUCAAAUCUCCAAACAGAAUACGACCACCGAAAAAGUGACAUCCGAUGAUAGAGAAGAGAUAUCGCGUUUGAAUGAUGAAUUGGAGAAAUGUCGUGCUGAAAAUAUUCUCAUGAAGAUUCAAAUGGACAAUGAGAAGAGAGUCGAGUUGGAACUGAUGGAGGCGAAUAAGAAAAUCACACGGAUGCAGCGGGAACUGCAAGAGAAGACUGCACGAAUCAACAGUGAGGAAAUGCAUGAACGAGAGCUUGUUGUUCAACUGACGAAAAAGAUCCGUAACGAACUGAAUGCAGAAAACGAAGCGGAACGUAAGAAAGCUGAGAGGAUAGCGCAAAUUCAGAACAGUGCUGAGGUGAAGAUGAGUCAAGAGGUGAUAGCUACGAUGGAAGAAACAAUUGAAAAUGAACGUACAGAAGUGAUGCGAAUGAAACAGCAGUUGGCGGAUAAGGAUGAGGUGAUUGAUAAACGUGAUACACACAUCAAAUUUCAAGAAUCCGUCAUCGAUCGUCUUCAAAAACACAUUGAACGGUCAUCGAAUCAGUCCGAAAAAGCGCUCAUGGAUAGCAAGCGAAGAAUUGAAGAAAUGGAAAAGAAACGAGCGACAGCGAUGUCGCAACACAGCAAGGUGUUGAAUCAGCUGAAGCACGAGAAUGAUGAGUUGAAGAAGCAAAACAGAGAAUUGACUGAGAAAAUUGAUACUCUCCAGCAAUAUCUUCUUGAGGAAAAGCGUUUACGCCAACAGACAGUUGAUGCGCAUUCUAAUCAGAACAAGAAACUGCAAGAGUUAAAAGAUUUCUUCGCGAUAAUAAUGUCCAAAGAUGAGGACGAAGCUUACAUUAAUGCAUUGAUCGCCGAGAAUCGAAUGGGAAUAUUUGCCAGUAUAUCCCUUCUGCUGCACCAAAUUCCCAUCACCUUACCAUUUCGUGCUGAAUUUAAUGGAUUCGGUGUUGGCGCGAAGGUAAAAUUGAUUGGAACUCCGUAUAAAGGCGAUAAAAGUGGUUUUGAGAUAUAUAUGAUGGAAAGCGGUGAGGAUGUGGCGUUGAUGGCGACGAUUUCGUUUGAUUCCGAGCAGCGAAGUGCUAUUGACGUUAAGUCACGUUUCAACGGAAAGUGGUCACCGACUGUCAGACAUAUUGGCGUAGGUCUCGCUAUCGAUCGACAAUUCACACUCGAGAUUACAGUUAACAGUGGCGAGUUUGUUAGAGGCUCUCAAAAUCCUGACCUCUAUUCUGAUGUUGUUCACGUUCACCUGACCACUAAAAAUCAUCAGUUGACCCAGUCAUGUGAUAGUGUAGCAAGAAAUGCUGGCUUACUGCAGCUAACAGUGGAUGGAUUUAAAGUAACCGAAUUCACGAAGCGUUGUGAUGACGUGAAAACUCUGUUGGUUGUGGGCGCAUUGGUGAUCGACGAACUCAUCAUGACUCCGUCUCUGUUAUACUACACCCCUCCGCCAGAUUAUUCGGAUGUUGUGAAGGAGCAAGUUGAUGUUACUGCUUUACUCAAUAAAAUUCAACACUUACCAGGCGCACCAGAAUUGACUCCAUCAGAUUCACUAUACAGGAAGCAUCGUCUCGAUGCAGGGCACAACCAAGGAAUCGGUAAUCUUCAACCAAUUUACGUCGGUGGUGGUGCUCAGAUGGCGUGUAGAAUACCGAUGCAAGAUGAUGACGAUUUCCGAAUUGGAGCACCAUCAGUGAGUGGGUUUAGCACACAGCGAUUGGCACCACCGCGCCCUCCACCUCCCUUAUCUAUCAUAAAUGGGUCGCUAUCACCAUCAUCCGAUUCAACCCCAGCCUACGACGAACAACCCGCUUUGCCUAGAAAGGCUCCACUCGAUCAAGCACAUCUACCACCAACUCCUGCUGGUUGUCUGCGGCCACCUUCAAGUGUUGCUUCUCAACGAUUGAACGACUACGAUCCGGCUCAAUUCAAGUCUGCGCAGAGUAAUCCUACGAAAGUCUUGAAGUCCACUAAUCUGUACCCGAAACUGGAUUGUUUAAAUGAUUCAAACAAUGAGAAUGAUGUGUCGACAACAAUGCAAAACGAUUUUGAGCACCCAAGAGGCAUGAAGAGCGCAGCCCUAUUAAGCAGCACUAGCAGCAACUCAAGUAGAACCACUACAAACUCUUGUGAUAAUAUGGAGCAAGUAGAUCAAUUCGCAGUCAACAGCAGCAAAAGGAUGGGUCAGCACUCUAACCCUAAUAGAUAUGACUCGGAUUUCGAUGGGCGUCGACAAUGUCCACAUUUCGCAACAGCUCGAGUCCGUUCGCACGAUUCUCCGAAUGCAUACGGAUAUUCAGAUAUUACCAAAUCAAACAGAUAUCCGCAGCCACCUUGUGAUAACCGCAACGCAGAGUCACCGAUAUCCUCCGAUGCGAUUCACUCACCUUCUCCUAUGAAUAACAGCAAUCAGCGUCAGCGCAGAAUGUCAGAUGAUAGUUGUCCUAAUAAAAACUCAGCAUCGAGUGAUACACAAGCACACAAACCUAUAAUGCGUAAUUACUCGUCUAAUCUGCCGCCGAAUGGUAAUUGUUACAGAGUCAAAUCUUCCACGUCACGUCCCACAAGACCAUCGUCAACUGUGAACAUUUAUACACCCCUUUUCACCACACAACAGCUACAAAAUAAAGUCGGAGCGUUCGGCAAAUCAGCGACAAGUUUUUUGAAGUUCACUUUCAAUAAGGGUGCACCAACAAAGAAACAACUGAUUCGAAUGUCGCUCUCUGAACGCCAACAACUCACAAUUACCGCAACUCCAGUAGCCAAAGCUAAAAAAUUCGAUAUAGGCCUGAUGCACUGCAGCGAUUAUGUGCUACUGUUCAGUGCACGAUUUGACCACUUUUAUAUCGUGCUGAACAGUACACGUGCGGGAAAUUGGCAAGAGGAAGAGAAAGUGCAUCAGUUCCCAUUCAGACGUGAACUGUCUUUUGCACUCAGAGUCACAGCUGCAAAUCCACUUCAGAUUUUCGUAAAUGAUAAAUUCAUCUGUAAUUAUGAACUUCGUUGUGGUCUGCCAGUUGAUGCAAUUCGAAUCGACAACAAUUUACGCUUGGAGAAAUUCUCAAUCGAAUAG